UUUAGACUCCACUUCUUCUCUCACACUCUUUCCUUAUUUUUCUGUGCGAAAGAUUUUGUCUUCCGAUAUUUUUCGGAUCUCUCCCUCGCCGGAAACCAUGCCGUCGCCGGCGCGAGUGCGGUGACAGCUCCGGUGAGUCUCACUCACUCACUCUCAUCCGUCGCCAUGAAAGUUAAAGGUCUUGGCGUCCUCUUCUUCUUCUUCUUGCGGUUCGUUUUGGUGAGGAUCCUGAAUAAGGAAAUUUAUUUUACUGAAGCAGCUCUCUGAUCCUCUCACUCUAUCUAUCUAUGUGGUUUAGGUGGAGUUUGAAUUUGCUGAUUGGAUCAAUUUAUGCUAUAUAUAAGAUUCGGUUUCCUGCGAAAUUCGAAUGCUUAAUUGUGCUGCUAUAAAUCAGAGACGGAUCUCUACCCAUUGCUGUGUUUCUUUUGCAGUCGUAGGAGCCACUUGUAGGCUUAGUUUACUAGGGAUAGCAACGCGCGGUGCUUUCACUAGUGAGAGAAGGUUCACUUAGCUGGUUAGAGAGGAUUUGGAGCAGCGUUCAGCUGCGCAAGUCCAGUGAUGGACACUGUCGCAUCUGGAGAUGAUUUGAUCAUUAAGGCAAGAAAGCCGUACACUAUUACCAAGCAGCGGGAGCGGUGGACUGAGGAGGAGCAUAAUAGGUUUCUUGAAGCCUUGAAGCUCUAUGGGCGAGCAUGGCAGCGCAUUGAAGAGCAUAUAGGAACAAAGACUGCUGUGCAGAUCAGAAGUCAUGCGCAGAAGUUUUUUACAAAGCUGGAGAAGGAGGCAGUCAGUAAAGGUGUUCCUGUAGGGCAAUCAAUUGACAUAGAUAUUCCGCCUCCGCGUCCUAAAAGGAAACCAAGCAAUCCUUAUCCUCGGAAAUCUAGCGAUGCUGCUCCCACAUGGUCCACAUCGCAUGUUGGAGCAAAGGAUGGGAACCUUGUGUCAUCAGCUUCUUCUUCACAUUCUAAACAAUCAGUGGACUUGGAGAAAGGACAACGCAAUGAGAGAUCCAGUGAAGGAGAAAAGCUUGGUUAUGGAAAACAAAACAACGAUAAAAAUUGUUCAGAAGUCUGCACCUUACUCUCAGAAUCGCAUUGCUCCUCUGUGUCUUCUGCAAACAAAAGUUCCAUGCCUCCACAGGCGGCACCCAGAAUUUCUUGCACUUUUAGAGAGUUUGUGCCUCCAGUGAAAAAGGUAAUCCCUCAAGACGGCAAUGAAUCUUAUGUCACUAUUGAACUUAAAGGAAAUGAGAAUUUGAAGAAAACUGAUGGCAAAAUGAUAGUUCAAGAUAAUGCCACAAGUGAAGCCUCAAAGUUGGAGGACACUAAUGCUUUUAAGUUGGUUCAAGGUGAGAAAGCAGAUGAUUUGAAUUGUUCAUUGCCAACAGAUGGGAUGCAAAGUACUCUGACCUGCCCGAGGAAUGUUCCUAUACACAUACUAGAUGGAAGUAUAGAAGAAAGUAAUCGAACUACAACCCCCACUUUGUCAUUAUCAUUCCAGGGCCCUGUGUUUCAUCCUAUGGGAAAGAUUCAUGUACAGCCUAACCUUUACACGAAUCCAGCUGCAUCUACUACUACUACUACUACUACUGAACAUACUAGUAAUGUACCAAGAUCUUGUAUCGACCAAUCAAUUCCAGCUACUCCGCCUCCAUUCACCCCAUUCCACCACAAUCAAGAGGACUACCACUCAUCCCUUUACUCCACAUUUUCAAGUUUGAUCGUGUCUUCUCUGCUACAGAACCCUGCAGCCCAUGCUGCGGCUAGUUUUGCAGCCUCAUUCUGGCCUUACACAAAUGUGGAGAACAAGGAACAUUCUCCUGCAUGCUCAACCGGAGGUUUUCCAUCUAGUCAAAUGAACUCUCCUCCAAAUAUGGCAGCUAUUGCUGCGGCCACAGUAGCUGCAGCGACUGCGUGGUGGGCUGCUCAUGGAAUGCUCCCUUUGUGCGCUCCUCUUCAGACUGGCUUUAGCUGUCCUGUGCCCAUGAGUGGAGUUUCAUUAAUGGACAAAGAUCAACCUCCUGCUGCCGAGACGGAAAAAGGACAUGAUUCUCUUCGAGUUCCUUCCUUGCAGGAUCAACAGCAGGACCCAGGACACUCAGAAGUUGUGCAGGCACAACAUUCACCUGCAAAAUCACCAACCAUAUCCUCAUCAGAUUCUGAUAAUGGAGGUGCAAAGCCUGAUAAUGGAUCAAAAGCUGAUGAUAUUGAGAAGGACAUAGCGUCAACUGAAGUUCAAGACUCGAACAAAGCAAAGAGCAAAAAACAGGUGGACCGUUCCUCUUGUGGUUCAAACACAACUUCCUGCAGCGAAGUAGAGACAGACGCAUUAGAGAAGCAAGACAAAGGUGAGGAAGAACUAAAGGAACCAGAUGUAAAUCCAGCUUCUGAGACUAGUAAUCGCCGCACUAGAAGUAUAAGCAACAUGAGUGAUUCUUGGAAAGACAGACACUUGAAUGAUUCAUGGAAAGAGGUUUCUGAAGAGGGGCGAAUGGCAUUUCAAGCAUUAUUCUCAAGAGAGGUACUGCCCCAGAGUUUUUCACCCCCACCUGACAUGAAGGAUCAGGGGCAUCAGGACACUACAGAAGGACAGCGAAAUAGUGAGACUGACAGAAGAGCUCUGAUGUUAGAUCUAAACAGCAAGGUUUGGGCACCAUUUUGUCACCCGGAAGUGGAGAAAAUUGCAUCACCACCAGGAGGGCUCAACGAUGCAGAGGGGCUGUUGACAUUAGGCCUGGGAUAUGGAAAGCUAAAGGCUCGUCGAACAGGAUUCAAGCCUUACAAAAGAUGUUCGGUAGAGGCGAAUGAGAACAGGGUGGCAAGUGCCAGCAGCCAUUGUGAAGAGAAAGGUCCAAAGAGGCUUCGCUUGGAAGGGGAAGCUUCAACCUGACAUCCUAUAUUGCAUGCAAAACCAAAGGAAACCUUUGCGUUUGCAUGCAAUGUUAUUGCUUCCCCCUUUAGUAUAUUAUAUUCAUUUGCGUUCAUUUCAAUUUUCAUGUUAAAGCAGAUCAGGAACUGUCUGGGUGUGUGUACCGUAUAUAUUUCCUGCAUUUACUCAUUCACUACCUUGGACCCUUGCAACUGCACUGUGAGGACUUUCUUCAUUAGUGUUACCAAGGUACAUUCAAGUAAUUUGAUCAGCCAUGACAUGACUUCUAUAU